AUGAGCUCCGCGGCGCCCCCAAACUUUGUGAUUUUUUUCGCCGAUGACUUGGGUUUUGGAGAUCUGAGCAGUUACGGACAUCCCUCCUCCCUGACCCGGAGCCUGGACGCGCUGGCGGAGGGAGGACUGCGCUUCACCGACUUCUACGUCACUGUCGGCGGCUGCAGUCCCUCCAGAGCUGCUUUGCUGACAGGCCGGCAUGAGACGCGCUCAGGGAUCUACCCUGGAGUUCUGUACCCCGGCUCCAUCGGGGGGCUUCCUCUGAAUGAGACCACCAUCGCUACUAUGCUGAAGCCCCUGGGUUAUGCCACCGCUGCUGUCGGGAAGUGGCAUCUGGGGCUUGGAGCCAAUGGGACCUACCUUCCAACCAAUCAUGGGUUUGAUCACUUCCUGGGGAUCCCAUACUCUCACGAUCAGGGUCCCUGUGCAAACCUGACCUGCUUCCCUCCGGAUGUCAAAUGUUUUGGACAUUGUGACCUCGGAACCGUGCCCGUCCCGCUGAUGAAGGACGACAAGAUCAUUCAGCAACCGGUGGACUUCCUGCAGCUGGAGAAGUCGUACAGUCUCUUUGCAACUGAUUUCAUUAAGACGUCUGUCCAGAAUAAACAGCCCUUUUUCCUCUAUUACCCUUCCCAUCAUACACAUUACCCCCAGUUUGCGGGCAGCAGGGCAGCUGGGAGGACGUCCAGGGGUCCUUUUGGAGACGCCCUUCUAGAGUUUGACACCAGCAUCGGAGAAGUCAUGGAUGCGCUGGCGAUGAGCGGGGUCAUCCAGAACACUCUGGUCUUCUUCUCCUCAGACAACGGGCCGGAGAUGUUGCGGAGGUCCCGUGGGGGCACAGCUGGCCUUCUGAAGUGCGGUAAAGCCACCACUUACGAGGGCGGAGUGAGGGAACCUGCCAUCGCCUUCUGGCCCGGGAAAGUCUCUCCGGGUGUUACUCACGCACUGGCCAGCACCCUGGACAUCCUCCCUACUGUGGCCAAGUUGUCUGGAGCGACACUGCCCCCGGUGGCCCUGGACGGAGUGGACAUAUCGGAGACCCUUUUCCGUCAGGCCCCGAGUAAAAGACAAUCCAUGAUGUUCUGGUCCUUGAAUCCCAGUAAGCAGAUAGGGCUUCAUGCUCUGAGGCUGGGGCAGUACAAGGCCUACUUCUACACACACGGUUCAGAUAAGAGCAGCACCGGGCCGGACCCUGACUGCGUGGCCCCUAUGGCGUCCCACAAUCCUCCCCUCGUCUUCGACCUGGACAGCGACCCCUCAGAGCUGUACAGCCUCUCGAUGAAGGACCGGCCCGACCUGCUGGACCGCAUCAUGGCCGCCAAAGCCAGCCUGGAGGCCUCCAUGGAGUUCGGGGAGAGCCAGAUCGACAAGGGAAGAGACCCACACCUAGAGCCGUGCUGUAACCCAGAGUGUAGCCCCAAACCCAGCUGCUGCCGCUGUCCACAAGCUCAGCCAGAGCAAGGGCAGAGACCCCCACCUAGAGUCGUGCUGUAA